AAGUGUUUCGAAUGAAGAACACGCUUCUUCUUCGCGGCCACCGUAGGACGCAAUUCCCGUUUGUUGGCAGUCUCGCGAUAAUAUAAUGUGGAGACGACAGACGGAAGGACAUCACUGCUGACUCUCUCACAAGGGUGACCGAGACAUCACCACAAGGACGGAAGAUCAGCCUCUCUAAUGAUGAUUCGGGUUGUGGGAGUUACCAGCACCACGCCUAUUUAGUGAUGCUCCAAGACUUCAAGCUCCCAAUGCCCACUAACCCGCACCCAUCUCAAUCUGCAAACUGAGUCCUCUGGCCACUUAAGUCCAGUGGCAGCACUGGCAUAGAUUUACUACCUAAACGUUCCUUGGUCUCGAUAGCCAUGCUGUUCUCACUGCGGGAGCUGGUCCAGUGGCUGGGCUUCGCCACCUUUGAGCUGUUCCUGCACCUGGGUGCCUUUCUGGUCUUCAGCGUGCUGGUGGCGCUGCGUGUUGACAAGUUCACCCCGGGCGUCAGCUGGUGGUUGGUCUUCGUGCCCCUCUUUGCCGCCGACGGCCUCAGCACCUACUUCACCACCAUCGUGUCCAUUCGCCUGUACCAGGAGGGCGACCGGCGUCUGGCCGUGCUCCGUCUCCUGUGGGUCCUCACCGUGCUCAGUCUCAAGCUGGUGUGCGAGGUGCUCCUGUGCCAGAAGCUCGCCGAGCAGGAGCAGGCGCGGGAGCUCUGGUUCGGCCUCAUCGUCUCGCCCAUCUUCAUCCUGCUGCAGCUGCUCAUGAUCCGCGCCUGCCGCGUCAACUGACCCACGAGGGCUUUAGCAGCCAUCUGAGGGCUGUUUACCGCCGGCCCAAUUAGUCAACAACCCAGUAAGGACUCACCUGGCCUUUGUUCACCUCUCCGCCCAAACACUACAUGAUGAGGCACUGAUGAGUGAAUGGAAUGGGUGUAAUGGACCUCAGGGUCAUGCAGUACAGGCUCACAGGGUUUUCGUCCUCUUCUUUCACCCAUAUUGUCAACUCUACAGACAGACAGCCGGUCCUGAGCAAAUGGGAUGAACUGGCCACUGAGGGAGCUUAACCUCAUGCUGAACACUCAUGAGUCCAUUUAGCCACUUCGGUUUUUGUGGUCAGAGCAUAAUUGACUGUUUGUGGGGCAAAAGGCCCACGGGUGUGAAUGCAAUGAGAGGUGUUUUAAGUUGAGAAGAAUGGGACAGAUGUAUGCAUGUAUACUUGUUUGUUGUGUCACUCAUAUGAGCUGGAUAAUGUAUUUUUAAUGUACAAUUUGGUUGCUCUAUAUUUGUUUUGUCCUUAUACUUCCAACAAGUGAGAUUCUAAAGUCUUUUCAUUGGACUUUUCUUUAUGGUUAUUUAAUUGUGCUCUUCUCAUGAAGUGCUUUCCUAAAUGUUUGUAUAAAUUGUAAAUAAAGUGACAUUUACGCCUUUGGUUAUUUAGUGCUUGUGCUAUUUGUACAAUUUCCUCAUUUGCAUUAUUGUUCGUGCUCAUCCGGAUUGUACAUGCAUCACUGAGUAUCGACGACUGACCGAUAAUUUAAGUAUUAAAUGAGUUGUCCUGUUAAUUAAA